CACUCUAUUCAGCCUACUCAAAGUCAUCUUUUUGUACCAUCGAUCAUAGGUAUCGAAAAUAAUUACUUGGACUAGUGCUUACAAUGUCAAUAUCAAGCCUCUAGUCUUGAAUUUUUAUUAAGUAGAAAAGGAGAAAAAUGGUUGGAUAAAAGAAAAUAACAUAAUCUCAUAAUUUACCGUGUUGCUCAAGAGAGAAGAAAAUAGAAAAUAGAAAAUUUUAAUAGAAAAUAUUCUUCCUCCACUCUAUUCAGCCUACUCAAAUUCUAGUACUUACAUCAAUCUCUUCGUCUUUUCGUACGAUUGAUCCAAGGUAUCGAAAAUAAUUACUUGGAGUAAUGCUCUAGUCUUGAAUUUUUAUUUAGUAGAAAAGGAAAAAAAUGGUUGGAUAGAAGAAAAGAACAUAGAGUCUCAUAGUCUUUGUGAACAGAGAAGGAAAUAGAAAGUUUUUCCUUCUUUGACCAUGUAGCCCACGAAGUGUUCGAUGAAAUUCUCCCGAGACUCCCUCUUAAAGAUACCCAUCGCUGCAAGUGCGUCUCAAAACGUUGGCUUAGUUGCAUCUCCAGUCCCCAUUUUGUUCGAUCUUAUAUCCAAUACCAGUCCACCGUCAAUCGCUCUUCCCCUUUUGCACUCUUUUACCAGUUCGAUGCUCCGUCACAAAAUCCGGUUAGUUUUACCUCUGAAAUGCCCAUUUUUUUCCGAAUCUCGUGGAUUUUCUUUGAAUUUCCUUCCCCAUCCCAACCCAUCAUUAUCAACAGCAGUAGCAGCAAAUCAACAGCCAGCAGAGCCCGAUCAUCUUCGGAUCUCAGCAUGUAGCAAUGGGUUAGUGUUAUGCUGUACAAGUUCGAUUUUUCAGAGGGUUUACUGUGUCUGCAACCCCCCUCACAAUGCAGUGGGUUGAGCUUCCUCUGCCACCCACUUGCCACAGAUGGGUUCGCAUUGGAUUUACUUCUCGCGUUGAUGAUAAAGAUUUCGAAAAAAGUAGCUUCAGGGUGGUGAGGAUGUGUUGUGGGGAUGAAGGAUUACUCGAGCUGAACACUCCCAAUUUGGAGAUAUUUUCAUCAGAGACAGGAACAUGGACAGAGUCCCCUAUAUGUCCCCCCGCGAGCACCUUUUUGGUUCGUGUUGUGCAGUUGAUUGCAGAGGAAUAUUGUAUUGGAGAUUCAGCAGCAUUUUCUUUGUUUUAGAUCCAUACAACCCCAACCAUCCACAUGGUACCAUAGACAUGCCAAAGGAAUAUGACUCCAAAGCCGGUAAACAUGCCGUAGGAGAGUGCAAAGGGCAUCUCAGGUUUGCUCAAUUUAAGGGUUACCGAAUCACCAUUUGGGAACUCAAUGACAACAAUUACAGUGAUGGGGUUGAAUGGUCCUUGGUGCACAUGCUUCUUCCAAAAGUACACUCCCUUGUUUCCCCUUUGACAGUAGUAGCUUUUCACCCCAGGGACAGUGAUAUUCUAUAUCUCUGGUUACCGGAUCGCAUUAUGCACUGCAAUGUGUGGAGGAGCAGAGAAUUCAAAACGGUAUGUGAACUUGCAAAUUCCCGUGCCUCCCGCUUUCUGUACACAAUGGUCUUCCCGUUCAUGCUCCCAUGGUGGCCUACUCCAGUUCCUCCAAUUCCACAUACUGUCCUUGGGAGACUUGGAGAGAUGGGCUUGAAGGAGGAAGAAUUCAAGUAGGAGCACCUGAUCAGGCAUGUUAAUGAUGCCUUGCCUCCAUAUACACUUGUAUGCAUAUCUAUUUAAAUAUUUCAAUGAGAAAUCUCUAUGUGAUUAUUUCUAUAUCUAUCCGUUUAUAUAUAAAAUAGAAUAUGCAUUUUUAGAAUCUGCAAACUGUUUUACCUCGUUCCUAUGUGAUGGAACUUACAUACAAAUAUUUAUUUUCCUAUAUGUAAUGGUUUCAAGAUAAUUAGGCGAUGGAUGUCUUACAUAUGGGGAUUAAAUUGCAUACUGUUAGAUGAAGGAAACAUAGAUUACGCACACUGUAAAUAUA